AUGUUCCAUCGAGUUCGGUUCAUUUCCACAUUUGCCAGCGACCCGAUGGCCACGUCCCUCGAGAAGCGCGACAUCAUCACGUCCAACUCGGCCAGCCUCGGCUUCAAGGCCGGUGCCGCGACCACAGUCAUCGCUGGUGCCGUCGUGGCGGCGGCCCACCAGUACUCGCCGACGUUCCGUGCCCGUCUCGGGGUGAGUGGCAAGGUCGGUCUGGUCGUGAUGGCAGGCAUGUCGGCGUUCACGAUUGCCGCCGAAAACGACUUGCUGCGCGGUAGUCGCAACCCGGACAAGUAUAUCUCGGAACUCCAGGCCGCGCCGGAUGCAAAGGCGGCGCAGUCGACGGGGCCGACCAAGUCGCUGCCGUUGUACCAGCGAUUCGGCAACUACGUCCACGACUACCCGUUCCGCACGGUCGCGUGCACGGCCGUUCCGCUCGUCGGACUCAUCUUCUUGGACCAGAACCGCAACCAGAACAUCCAGUUGUCGCAGAAGAUCAUGCACACGCGUAUCUACGGCCAGGUCACGAGCGUCGUCUUGCUCCUGAGCACGAUGGCCAUGUACGACUACAUGUCUCGCCGCGGACCGUACAAGUAGGCAUUCCUCCACUUUAGACUCAAUCGCACAUAUAUCUAUCUUCCGUUCGAACC